GUCAUUGAUUACGCACAUAUGGCAAACAUCGCCUCCUGCAGAUCGAGUAUAAAUAUGGAGGGCCUCUCCAAAGAUGUCAGUGUCUGUCAAAGUGGCUACUUUUAUUUAUUUCCCCAUGUUCAAAGAAAAGCUGGAAUAAAUUUGGAAACAAUUAAUUAAACCAUCUUUGUGAAUUUAACUUCCAAAAUAGAUUGUUGAAUUUUACGGCUGUGAUUACACAGGAUGUCAAUUGGUAUGCAAUAUAAGGACACAUUUUUGUAGCGUGAGGCAUUGCGUAGGGACAUUACAACUCAUUGAGAAAUAAUGACUGACUGCCGUGAGAGCUCGGACACCCAUGAAAACCUGGCUAACAAAAGUCUAACGCCAGACGCUGUGACCGGAAACGAGAGUAACGGAUUAGAAGAUGGUGUCAAUGGGGACCAGGAAGAUGACAUACUGAACAACGAUGACGUCAACCAUAAGGUAACACCAAAUCUUUUUAGGACUUAAAUAUUUAUGAUUACUGAUUGAUCACGUGACGAGGAAAUGGAAAUGGCACCAUGGAAGUGAUGUUUAAGUAAGAUUCAAUUUUGAAAUAUGUCGUCUUUUAAAAAUACCAACUCAUUUACUUUCAAUUAAUUUAAUAAUUAUAUAAAAAUUGGUCAUUGAAUAGGAACAUUUGCAAUAUUUAUAAAUAACGUCUUUUUAGUAAAUCACACUUUCAAAUAUAAAUUAUGAAAGAUAAACAAUACAGAUAGUUUAAUGAAUGCCAAGACAAAUUGGUCAUAACUUCUUGGUGAUAUCCUCAACCAUCGAAUUCUUUUUUUUUUUUGAGAUGUUUAUUAAAUUUUCACACACAAAGCUUUUUAAAACAAAACCAUGGAAGCUAAUAAUAAUUACAUUGUAAAUUAAGAUAUAAACCUUUUUUUCUGCGAUUAAACAAAACGUAUAACGUAUUAAUUUAAAAAGUGCGUUUGUAAGAUAAAACAUUUGUGAUACAUAAUAUAGCUUCCGGUGGGCCGAAAAUAUAUCAUACCGGGCCACAUACGGCUCGCGGUCCGCGGGUUUAACCCCACCCCCCCCCCUUUUUGAAUAAUAGCCUACUCAAAAAAAUAAUUAUUCUUUUAAAAAAUACAUCUAUUCGGCACAUUGAGGCCAGUUUCUGAUUGGUUGAGUCAUUAUUUUAGUAAUAUAUUACGUUUCAGAUUCAAAUUUAUUUUAAUUUAUAGGAGAAUGGCCACGCCCUUGAGAACAACCGAAAUGAGGAUGAGGACAAAAGUACAGAGGAACAGGAAGAAGAAAUUGACCUGUCAUGUGGCAUAUGGAAGUUUCGAACAAAUCUAUUCGGCAAAUGCUACUCCAAUCUGUACUUGUUUGCUACAUUUGUAGGCAUCUCGGCUCUCUUCUCUGAAAUGGUCAGAAGCAUAAUUCACGUGCAAGUAAGGGCAGGAACGAAUCAAUUGAUCAUUGUUUUAUAUUAGGCCCAACUGCUUCCAAUACAUUAAACAGCUUUGCUUCAAUUAAGACAUUUACAGGCAAAGCAGAGAUAAGCUGAAAGUUUAAUCUACUUUAAAUUAAGACUGAGCCAUGCGCAUUUUUUACACCCGGUUCGGAUCCGGGUAUGUUCCGGGUGUGCCCGGCGAGCCCUAAUUUUAAUGCCAAACAAAUAUUAUCAGUUGCGUAGAAUUUCUUAUUGAGUGCUCGUUCAGUAUCGUUGUUGUUGUACUUCUUCAUGAACCAAGAGGACAAAGUAAACACGGACUGCUAUGACAAAUCUGCUCAGAGAUGUGCAGUGUGUGUUUUAUUUCACCGUCAGAGUUGAGGGCACUUCACAUAUAACUACUUCACAUUGACCUAUUCACAUAGAACUAUUUCACAUAGACCUAUUUCACAUUGACCUACUUCACAGAGAUCUACUUCACAUUGGCCUAUUUUAAAUAUACCCACUUCACAUAGAUCUACUUCACAUAGAUCUACUUCAAAUUGACCUACUUCACUCCACCUACUUCACACAGUCUCACUUCACAUUGAUCUCCUUCACACAGAUCUACUUCACAUUGACCUACUUCACAUUGACCUACUUCACAUUGACCUAUUUCACAUAGACCUACUUCACAUAGACCUACUUUAAAUUGACCUACUUCACAUUGACCUACUUCACAUAGACCUACUUCACAUUGAACUACUUCACAAAGACCUACUUCACAUUGACCUACUUCACAUAGACCUACUACACAUUGACCUACUUCACCAUUGUGUUACCGGUCAGCCCAGGAAAGCCAAUUAUUUUCUAAAUAUUGAGCAGUGGCACUUUCAGGUGUUGUCAUAUGCACGCCCUGGUUGUGAUAGCUAUUAGUAGGAAUGCUUCUUCUUUAAGUCUAAAAACGGUCACUAUAGACCCCCCCCUAGACCACCAUAGACCACCAUAAAAAACCAUAGACCAUCAUACAACCCCAUAGACCACCAACGAAUACCAUAGACCACCUGAAGGUUUGCCCCCCCCUCCUCCCCUUUUCAAACCAAUUAAAAAGAUAUACCGUGCCACAGCUGGGAUGAAUGACUUUCAAUUAAAUAAUGUGUGCAUUUCAAUCAUGAAAUAAUGACUAACAGUAACACUGGUGAACUUAAAAAAAUUGUCAUGUCUAACAUUGCCUACACUUUCUGUCUUACAUUUCCCACUAUCACAGUCUAACAUUUCCUACUAUUCCAUGUCUAAAGUUGCUUACUCUUCCUGUCUAACAUUGCCUACACUUCCUGUCUUAUUUUGCCUUCUCUCCUAAUCUGACAUUUCCUACCCUUCCAUGUCUAGCGUUGCCUUCACUUCCUGUCUCACAUUGCCUAAAAUUUCUGUCUAACAUUGCCUACACUUUUUUUUAACAUGGCCUACUCUUCCUGCCUAACAUUUCCUAAUCUUCCUGUCUAACAUUGCCUACUCUUCCUGUCUAUCAUUGCCUACUCUUCCUGUCUAACAUUGCCUACUCUUCCUGUCUAACAUUGCCUACUCUUCCUGUCUAACAUUUCCUACUCUUCAUGUCUAACAUUGCCUACUCUUCCUGUCUAACAUUGCCUACUCUUCCUGUCUUACAUUGCCUUUUCUUCCUGUCUAACAUUGCCUACUCUUCCUGUCUAACAUUGCCUACUCUUCCUGUCUAACAUUGCCUACUCUUCCUGUCUUACAUUGCCUUUUCUUCCUGUCUAACAUUGCCUACUCUUCCUGUCUAACAUUGGCUACUCUUCCUGUCUUACAUUGCCUUUUCUUCCUGUCUAACAUUGCCUACUCUUCCUGUCUAGCAUUGCCUACUCUUCCUGUCUUACAUUGCCUACUCUUCCUGUCUAACAUUACCUACUCUUCCUGUCUAACAUUGCCUACUCUUCCUGUCUAACAUUUCCUACUCUUCCUGUCUAACAUUGCCUACUCUUCCAGUCUAAAUACAUCUCCUAUGUAGAGGACUAAAUGUCCCUAUUCCUCACCCCAAAUCAAUUUCCACUCACCGGUCACGCUUGGAAACACAAGAGAAAGACAGUCAAGGCCCAUUUACGUAGAGAUUUACAACAGAUUGGAAAUUAACUGUGAAAAAUAAAUAGAAAUUUGGCAAACUGAAAUAAUAAGAAGUAUUCCAUAAUCAUCUUCCGUAAUCAUCUUCCAUAAUCAUCUUCCAAUAAUUAUCAAACACUACUCGUGAAAAUUCAAUGUUAAUUUGAAACUAUUAAAGAUGGCUAAAAUUAAUAUGUUUUUGUCAGUUGACCUCCAUAGAGAAGCAGUUCAAUAUAGACAACUCUAGGGCUGGUCUAUUCGACGUGGUGACAAGAGCUGGGUAUUUGUCCACUAUUUUGUUUGGAGGCCAUUUUGCCAAGGUGCGUUUUGUGAAUAGUUUUACCAACAUUUAUGCCAGUAUAGUUUCAUUAAAUAAUAGGUCGUAGUUUAUUUUGUUAGUAAGGAAAGCUUCAGCAUAGUUAUAAAAACAUUUCCAUUUAGUUGGAUCAAUAAAAGAAUCUUAUCUUAUCUUAAAUGAGAAAAUAUAUUCUACCAGUAAUUAGUAUCUUCUACCAGUAAUUAAUAUAUUCUACCGGUAAUUAGUAUCUUCAACCAGUAAUUGAUAUCUUAUGUCAGUAAUUAAAGCAAAAAUAAAAACUUCAUCAAUUAAAGUUCAAUUUGACAUAAUUAGUGCUUCCUAUUAGCCCCAAUGUUGAACAUCUAGUAUAUUUUUGUUUAUUUUUGUUCUGAUAAAGUUAUUUAGCCAAUACGUACAGAUGUGUAUUUAUUUUAUUAUAACUAAGACAUAACCAUACUGUUUUACUUAAUCAUAUCAUGUGUGGGAUUUAUCGCAGCCCAAGAUAACCCCCCUCCCCCCCAACGCCACUCCGUUUUAUAAUUGGAAAUUUAAGGCAUAUUAUUCAUUGACUUAUUUUGUGCUGUAUCCAAACUAUUUACCAACUGGCAAUGUCUUCCCCCCCCCCCCUCCAUGGUUUCUGCUCAAAGAAAGCCCACAUCCCUGUCAUAAUUGGGGCUUCGGGCGUGUUUCAAGGUUUCCUGCUGACCACUCCGGCAUUUCUCCAGCUGGCCAACCCAGUUGAACUUCCUAUUCUGUAAGCAUUUAGCAUUUGUGCCUUACGUCAUUUCCUGUAGAAUUAUAUUGAAAACUGAAAUGCAACAAAACUGGGAAUAUCUAUCUUUAGCCAAGGAACAACUAAUUUGAAUAAAAAUCAAUCAAUAAACAUGUUUGCUUAUAUUAAAAAAUAAAUAAAUAUAACAACUGAAUUAAAUGUUCGACUUUGUUUAGAAGGUCAAGGUUAUGCACUUCCAACUUAUCAUAUGUUUUGUAAUUUAAAAAAAAAAUGGUUUUAGUUAAUGACGAAGCCUCUGGUAAAUUUUUCAAGAACCCCUCCAUUAAAAACUUAGUCACGUCAUAGUUUAGGCCUAGGUUGACUUGAGACUUAAAUUCUACCUGACUUAGUCACGUGAUGGUUUAGGCCUAGGUUGACUUGAGACUUAAAUUCUACCUGACUUAGUCACGUGAUGGUUUAGGCCUAGGUUGACUUGAGACUUAAAUUCUACCUGACUUAGUCACGUGAUGGUUUAGACCUAGGUUGACUUGAGACUUGAAUUCUACCUUGUGUUGUCUACACGACUUAAAGACAGUCGAAUUCAUUUAUCCGCCCUGCCCUUUGUCAUUUUUCUUCUCAGAACACCAGCUACACACUCCAACUCCAGCAACUCUACAGAUUUCGGUGACCAGGCCAAGUACAUGUGUCUUGACAAUGUUUUCCUGGCCAACGACUCUGGCAAACCAAAGGAAGAUAACACCGCACCAGUGAGUCUAUGUUGUUCUCUGAGAUGGUCUAGCGAGCACUGUUUCUUUCAUGCAAUUCGGGGGGGGGGGGGGGCGCGGCCCCAAACCCCGGGGGAAAAAAAAAAAAAAAAAAAAGACAUAUUGAAAAAAAAUUUUUUUUUUUUAAAAAUAACUGGGGGAAUUCCGGUGAUGUAGGGAGGUGGGCGCCAGAAAAAAGGGCUGGCCCUUGUUGAGGUUGAGCCUACUUUUAUAAACCCACUGCGCCCCCCCCCCCCACCACUCCCCGAACACCUCAUCUGCCCCCUUGGAUCAAAUUCUCUGAAAGAAACACUGCGAGUCUGUUGAGUAGUGUUCAGCGCAGCAAGUUUAGUGUGAACAGUUUGAGUAAUUCUCGAGAUUGAAACACGUUUAAAGAAUUGCUACUCAAUAAACGAAUUGCUCAGCAACAAUUGACAAUGUCCAGUUUUUUUUUAACCUGGCAGUUUAGAGUUGAAACUAUGAGACCAGUGAGAUUAUUUUCUUUUAUUUAUUUUUAGCACAUUAAAUUUAAGUUAGAAUUGGAUAUUUCCCUUUCCCACUAAAGUAAUAUCUCACUAAUACAGUAAUAUUCACGAGUACAGUAAUAUCUUACGAGUACAGUAAUAUAUGAGUACAAAAAUAUCUCACUAAUACAGUAAUAUUCACGAGUACAGUUUUAUCUUACGAGUACGGUAAUAUUUCACGAGUACAGAUAUAUAUCACGAGCACAUAAUAUAUCACGAGUACAGUAAUAUAUCACGAGUACCGUAAUAUAUCACGAGUACAGAAAUACCUCACGAGUACAGAAAUACCUCAUGAGUACAGUCAUAUCUCACGAGUACAGUUAUAUGUCACGAGUACAGUAAUAUGUAGUGCAUUCGUGUUUCUGGAUUUGCGAAAUUUUAAUUGGACCCUAACUUAUUUGGAUCAUCGAUUUUUUCAAAGAUCUGCUCAAUUUGCGAAAUUCUCGAAAACGUAUGUAUGUCUUUAUAUUAUUUUGAAUUUAUAAAUAUCUGUAUAGUUUAACAUCGAUUAUUCUUUAAUAAUUCAUACUAAUUUAAUGUUUUAUUUAUAAAGACAAACCAAGUGGCGUUCAUAGUGAUCCUAGUGGUCCAAGCGGUCAAGGGCAUCACUGACACCUUCCAUGCUGGGUUCCUCCCAACACUCUACAUGGACGACAACAUGGUGGACAAGGCCAAAAUGGGAGUUUUUAUGGGUCAGAAAUUAUACCCACCAAUAACACAAUCUUUUCGUACAUACACUAGUUGUUCUCUUUUUAAAUAGACCAUACGUGAAUGGCCCAUAUUAGGGUGUUAUGACCACUCUGGCCAGCAUAUGUAAUGUCAAAAGAACCAUAAUCAAGCAUUUAAUAUCAUGUUUUUAAUUUCAUGCCUUACUUCCCCUUGUAUAAAUUAACACCCCAAAAAUGUUUUUACGAUCGCAUUAUAGGAGGGAUUUUAACACAAAGAGAAGUUGAAAGUUGAUAAAUUAUUUUUGGCAGAAAAUCUGGGUAAAAAAUUUAAACGAAAUCAUAUGUUUUUAUUUAGAUGUUGUAAAACAUAUUUUUGUUGGAAACUUCAGAAAAAAGUAUAUUUAAUUUAAGAAAUAAUAUAUUUAAAAAAAACCCAUAUGUUUCCCUUCUUCUUUAUUUGUUUCAUGUAUUUUAAUUUUUUUUCUUUAUAUUUUAUGUUUCAAACGUUCAGGCAUUCAACAUGUUAUUACUGACCUCGCCAGCCCUAUAGGGAAACAGAUCAAUGGAAUCAUGACAGAGAUUCCAAUAGAUUUGAAAGGUGAAUUGGAAUCUAGAACUAUAGAAUAGAGUAAAAUAAUAAGUAAAAAAAAAAUGAAUUUAUUAGUUGUCAUUAUUUUUUUUAAAAAUCGUUUUGUGAUCAUUUAAAAUGGGCAGUCAUAUGUUUAUAUAUGCGUGUUAUGUAGUUUAAAAUGAGUGUAUAUAGAUUAAAUGGUGCUGGGUGGGGGUGUCUACCCCAAGCCUGUGGACUUGAGUUCAAGCCUAGACAAGCGAAAACAUCUCCAGGAGCCCGGGACCCGUUAACCUUAGAUGAUAACUGAUCUAAGAGAAGGCAACCUCUGAAAUCAAACCCGGAGUCGGAGUCUCGUAGGUGUUAUGACAAGAUGAACAUUUCGAUAACUCCUGCCACGUGGAACGCAUAAAGAGAAAAGUGAGACACUUGCUGGUCAUCUACUGCAUCCUGGUCCACUUCCAGUCAUCUUGACCACAUCUUGCCACUGGAACAAAUGGGCAAGGGUGAGACAGUGAGGCUGGAGAAUUGAGCAACUCUCCCUCACUUUCAAAAAAAUACAGCUGAAGUCCAGGCUACUUGGUCAUCUUGGUCAUCUUGGUCAUCUUGGUCAUCUUGGUCAUCUUGGUCAUCUUGGUUUGGUCAUCUUGGUCAUCCUGGUCAUCCUGGUCAACUUGGUCAUCUUGGUCAUCUUGGUCAUCUUGGUCAUCUUGGUCAUCUUGGUCAUGAUGGUAAUGUUGGUCGUCUUGGUCAUCCUGGUCAUCUUGGUCAACUUGGUCAUCUUGGUCAUCUUAGUCAUCUUAGUCAUGUUGGUCAUCCAGAGGAUCAACUAUAAAAAACGAUUGGAACAACGCAUUGGGGAAGAGCUGUUGUCAUAUUGACACAGUAAGAUGGAUAAUAUAAAAAUGUCUCUUUCAGAAACAACAAUGGACCCUAAAGAUGGUCGCUUCAUAGCUGCUUGGUGGCUGGCUUUCCUUGUGUUCGGUGCCGGCCUGGCCAUUGUGUCAUUCCCUCUCAUGCUGUUCCCAAGGAAGUUGAUCUCCAAGAAACACCAGAAGGAGGCCCUGGACAGGGCUGUUGUUAGCUUUGCUGGUGGCCAGGUACAAGACGAAGUUGCUGAUCAAACCGGGGAGACUGAAAGGUUAAUGAAUUCUUACAGCAAGCAGACGUCUUAGAUUUAGUUGACUUUGUUUCAAAUCUUAUCUUUGACGCAACGGCUAAAAUCUCGGUCACUAGGAAACCUUUGCUUAUUUCUUAUACAACUUGAUGUAUUAUAUAAAUAUUUUAAAAUGAAUUAAUUCUCAAUUACACACAAAAUUUGAUACAUUUUUUUUUCUGUACACUCUAAGUGAAAUGAAAAAAAAAAAAAGAAUUUUUAAAAUGUUAUUCUUUACAGAAAAGAAAUUACAGCACAGACAGAAACGAAUCUAGGAAGUAUAAAAAGAAGAUUUAGCACUAAUCCCGUGAACUCUUCAAGAAAGGACAGCUUGGCAUCUAUUACAUCUCCUAGUAGCAGAAGGUCGGUGCACAAAAUUAAACCUGUCUUUUAUGAAGGGAUUUCCCUGUUAAGACCAAAAAUAAAUAUUUUCUCGCUUUUUUUGUUGUUGAGAAUCUGCGUUGUUUAAGUGUGAUGCUAUUUGAUUUUUUUAGAAUUCAAAAUUAUAAUUUUUAUUUAAAACAAAGAAUGCUUUACAAAGGAAUACAACUGAAAAUAAAACGCUAAAUGAAAAUCAAAGAAAAAUGUCUCUCCAACACUUGGAUCUGAAUAUUGUUAUUCCAAAAUUUAAAAAAAAAAGACUUCAAACUACAACGUCUAAGAAGUAAUUCAGGUGUUUUAGCAUUAGAGUAUCAGCCCUCUCUUUUGUCCAGACCUAGCAUGUUCCCUCCUGUCGUAAGGCCAUCGGAGAGAAAGGUCAGCCUGGCUGGUGACCUUGUAUUCGAACAACCAAUCAGAACUCACAAAAAGCCAGUCAAUUCCAAGAAACAGGAGAUGAAAGAAAUGAUGAAAGGUAAUGAUGAAAGAAAUGAUGAAAGGGGAUUAUUUAUAAACGUUUUAAUGAAAUUAGCGAAGGAAAUUUAUGUUACUAAAAUAAUUCUUACCUUUAUAUACAGUAAUAUAGAAUAAUGUGAUAGAUUUUAUAUGUAAUAACUGUGUGAUAAAGUAACUAAAUGAGCAAUAUAAGGUAAGAUAAUUUUCUUAUUAUGUGUAACAAUUUCCCCCACAGACUUCCCUAAAGCCAUCCUCCGACUGCUGAAGAACCCAGCCUACGUCCUGCUACUAGUUGAUAUUGCAAUAAUGUCCAUCCCUUACUCUGGGACAUCAAUCUUCAGAAGCGUCUACAUGGCCAACGAAUACAAUGUGCCCAUGUCAGAGGUCACACUUGCUUCAGGUAGAUUUGCGUCAAUAGAAAAACAACAAUGCUAUGUCGAUGUGCUUAUGUGGCCUACAGAUUUCUGCGUUGAAAUGACAUACCUAGUUUAUUGUCUGAUGACAUACCUAGUUUAUUGUCUGAUGACAUACCUAGUUUAUUGUCUGAUGACAUACCUAGUUUAUUGUCUGAUAAAAUACCUAGUUUAUUGUCUGAUGACAUACCUAGUUUAUUGUCUGAUGACAUAUCUAGUUUAUUGUCUGAUGACAUAUCUAAAUUAUUGUCUGUCAGGAGACUUUCUUUUUAGUUGGCAAAAUUUACGAAUAUAUUUGACUAAGUUGGCAGAUGGACUGAAUAAUGGAAUCACAGUAGUAGUGUACACAAAGUCAGAUGGACUGAAUAAUGGAAUCACAGUAGUAGUGUACACAAAGUCAGAUGGACUGAAUAAUGGGAUCACAGUAGUAGUGUACACAAAGUCAGAUGGACUGAAUAAUGGGAUCACAGUAGUAGUGUACACAAAGUCAGAUGGACUGAAUAAUGGGAUCACAGUAGUAGUGUACACAAAGUCAGAUGGACUGAAUAAUGGGAUCACAGUAGUAGUGUACACAAAGUCAGAUGGACUGAAUAAUGGAAUCACAGUAGUAGUGUACACAAAGUCAGAUGGACUGAAUAAUGGGAUCACAGUAGUAGUGUACACAAAGUCAGAUGCAAACUAUCAGCUCGCGCAGGUCUAUGAGGAAUAGAACUUAACUAAGAGAUCCUUACAAACAGUAUUGACUAGCGCCAUUUAAUAUCCUUUAGAUUCAUUUGUUGACAUUUACCACACAUUUAGCAUUCUAUUGAAAGCUCAUUAAAUGACAACAGUUUGUUGUUUAUCAAAAAUUUUAGUUUCAUAAAAAGAAUUAGCUCACAGUUUUAUUUACUUUAAGCUGCCUUUCGUAACUACAAAACUGAAAUUAUAUUUUAAAAAUGUCCCGCCAGGUGUCUCAACUGCACUUGGCCAUAUUGUGGGGACUGUGACCAGCUCUUACCUGGCCAGCAGAGUCAACACAAGGAUGGGUUACCUGUACAUCAUCAUGAGCAGUUACAUCUUCACUGUCAUCAUAACACCUCUCUACAUUGUCUUUGGUUGUAACAAUGAGAAGAUUUACGGCCUGACGGGAGAGUUGUAAGUUGUUGUCCUUGUUAAACAUACACGUUUAUUUUAUUUGAACAAGCAUAAAACCUAAUCCAUGCUUGGAUUCAUGCGUUGAAAUAAAUGUAUUUUGCGAUAUAAAAUUUUAAUUGCACUGAAGCAAGUGUUUCAUACAUUCCAUGUUUCAUGACAAAUAAUGAAACUAUAUAACACUAUAAUGUCACAAACACCUGAUAUCGAGUCAUAAAAAUUAGACUGAAAUUAAUUUUUCACAGCUUAAUAAAGAUUGAGACUGGUAUUAAAUGAAGAAUAAAUCAUUGGAAAAGCAUCAUGAGUUUUAAUGACAAGACAGGGUUGAAAAAGAUUUCGCUAAAGCAACGCUAAAUUCUGUCACACACAAAUAUUUGCAAAACAUUAAUAACAGAUGGAAGACAUUUUAAGAAACCAAACAAUUUUACACAAGGAUAUAUGAAUCAAACUUAAGUUACACUAACACGUGUCGUCUCUCCUCUGCCAGCGGCAUUCCUGUCAACACAACAGGGGUCUGUGACUGUACCGACGUUAAGGUUCUCAUCUCAUGUGGGGACGAUGGUAACAACUACCUGUCCCCGUGCCAUGCUGGCUGUACAGGUGUGGAUGGGAAGGUAUGUAUAUCUGGUGUGGAUGGGAAAGUAUGUAUACCUCUAUAUACAAUGAGUGUAGAUGGGAAGUUAUCUAUUUAUUUUAUGUUGUGGAUGGAAAGGUAUUUAUAAAUACAUAUAUAUUGUAUGGAUGGAAAGGAGUAAAUAUAUCUACAAACACAACUAUUAUAAGUUGACAAUAGUAGAUUAAUUUGUAUAUUUCAUUGACUUAGGCGUAUAAUUGGAAAGUAAAUAUAUGCAUUGUAUUGAUGCACAAAGUAGAUGUAGAGUAGCACAAUGUUCGCAAAGACAUAAAAAAUUAGAUGUAAAGAAGCACAAUGUUCUUGGUGACUACAAAAAGUAGAUGUAGAGUAGCACAAGGUUCUUGGUAACUACAAAAAGUAGAUGUAGAGUAGCACAAUGUUCUUGGUGACUACAAAAAGUAGAUGUAAGAGUAGCACAAUGUUCGUAUUGACAUAAAAAGUAGAUGUAGAGUAGAACUAUUUUCUUAAGGGUUUAACAAACGCAUUUCUUUGUUUGACGCAAGAUCUUCACGGACUGCCUUCUACUGGCCAACUCCAGUCUCGGUACAAGUGUCCACCCGGGACUGUGUGAUUCACCCUGUCAUCAGAACUUCAUCAUCUACACUUUCCUCAGCGGUCUGCAGAUGGUGGCUACUUCAAUGGCCAUGAUACCGAGGCGACUGCUGGUGCUGAGGUAGUUAGCUCCGUUGUAUGUGACUACUUCAAUGGACAUGAUAUGGUGUUGUAUGUUAUAUGUUGUCAAUGGUGACAAGAUAGAGUUACCGGAAAUUUGUUUGAAAGAAAUUUCGACGAUUGUUUGAAAGAAAUUUCGUCGACUGAAAAUUGAUAGACGGAAAUUUGAUCAAAAGGAAAAUACUGUCGAAUCUUUUUUUCAGUUCACACUUUAAAAUUUGCGUCAAAUUUCUUUUUGGAUGGUUUGACCAUUAGUUCUCAUUGUAGGCUUGUGACUGUUUGACCGUUAGUUCCAUUAGCACAUAGCACACUGACCCUCAUAGCCUCACAAUGUGUUUGUGCAAAUUAGUUUAACAAUAAGAUUGCAGUUCACACGAGCCUGAAGCAAUCAUAUGUUGUAUUUCUCUUUUGAAAAUUUUGUAAGAACAGUGCGAUUAUUCCAAGAUAUGUGUCACCUUCUCACAUAGAAACUCAUCUUAUUUCAGUGUUUUAGAUCACCUUCUCGCAUAGAAACUCAUCUUAUUUCAGUGUGUUAGGUCACCUUCUCGCAUAGAAACUCAUCUUAUUUCAGUGUUUUAGAUCACCUUCUCGCAUAGAAACUCAUCUUAUUUCAGUGUUUUAGGUCACCUUCUCGCAUAGAAACUCAUCUUAUUUCAGUGUUUUGGUCACCUUCUCGCAUAGAAACUCAUCUUAUUUCAGUGUUUUAGGUCACCUUCUCGCAUAGAAACUCAUCUUAUUUCAGUGUUUUGGUCACCUUCUCGCAUAGAAACUCAUCUUAUUUCAGUGUUUUAGGUCACCUUCUCGCAUAGAAACUCAUCUUAUUUCAGUGUUUUGGUCACCUUCUCGCAUAGAAACUCAUCUUAUUUCAGUGUUUUAGGUCACCUUCUCGCAUAGAAACUCAUCUUAUUUCAGUGUUUUGGUCACCUUCUCGCAUAGAAACUCAUCUUAUUUCAGUGUUUUAGGUCACCUUCUCGCAUAGAAACUCAUCUUAUUUCAGUGUUUUGGUCACCUUCUCGCAUAGAAACUCAUCUUAUUUCAGUGUUUUAGGUCACCUUCUCGCAUAGAAACUCAUCUUAUUUCAGUGUUUUGGUCACCUUCUCGCAUAGAAACUCAUCUUAUUUCAGUGUUUUAGGUCACCUUCUCGCAUAGAAACUCAUCUUAUUUCAGUGUUUUGGUCACCUUCUCGCAUAGAAACUCAUCUUAUUUCAGUGUUUUAGGUCACCUUCUCGCAUAGAAACUCAUCUUAUUUCAGUGUUUUGGUCACCUUCUCGCAUAGAAACUCAUCUUAUUUCAGUGUUUUAGGUCACCUUCUCGCAUAGAAACUCAUCUUAUUUCAGUGUUUUGGUCACCUUCUCGCAUAGAAACUCAUCUUAUUUCAGUGUUUUAGGUCACCUUCUCGCAUAGAAACUCAUCUUAUUUCAGUGUUUUGGUCACCUUCUCGCAUAGAAACUCAUCUUAUUUCAGUGUUUUAGGUCACCUUCUCGCAUAGAAACUCAUCUUAUUUCAGUGUUUUGGUCACCUUCUCGCAUAGAAACUCAUCUUAUUUCAGUGUUUUAGAUCACCUUCUCACAUAGAAACUCAUCUUAUUUCAGUGUUUUAGAUCACCUUCUCGCAUAGAAACUCAUCUUAUUUCAGUGUUUUAGGUCACCUUCUCGCAUAGAAACUCAUCUUAUUUCAGUGUUUUAGAUCACCUUCUCACAUAGAAACUCAUCUUAUUUCAGUGUUUUAGAUCACCUUCUCGCAUAGAAACUCAUCUUAUUUCAGUGUUUUAGAUCACCUUCUCACAUAGAAACUCAUCUUAUUUCAGUGUUUUAGAUCACCUUCUCGCAUAGAAACUCAUCUUAUUUCAGUGUUUUAGAUCACCUUCUCGCAUAGAAACUCAUCUUAUUUCAGUGUGUUAGGUCACCUUCUCGCAUAGAAACUCAUCUUAUUUCAAUGUUUUAGAUCACCUUCUCGCAUAGAAACUCAUCUUAUUUCAGUGUUUUAGGUCACCUUCUCGCAUAGAAACUCAUCAUAUUUCAGUGUGUUAGGUCACCUUCUCGCAUAGAAACUCAUCUUAUUUCAUUGUUUUAGAUCACCUUCUCACAUAGAAACUCAUCUUAUUUCAGUGUUUUAGGUCACCUUCUCGCAUAGAAACUCAUCUUAUUUCAGUGUUUUAGAUCACCUUCUCACAUAGAAACUCAUCUUAUUUCAGUGUUUUAGAUCACCUUCUCGCAUAGAAACUCAUCUUAUUUCAGUGUUUUAGAUCACCUUCUCACAUAGAAACUCAUCUUAUUUCAGUGUUUUAGAUCACCUUCUCGCAUAGAAACUCAUCUUAUUUCAGUGUUUUAGAUCACCUUCUCGCAUAUAAACUCAUCUUAUUUCAGUGUGUUAGGUCACCUUCUCGCAUAUAAACUCAUCUUAUUUCAGUGUUUUAGGUCACCUUCUCGCAUAGAAACUCAUCUUAUUUCAGUGUUUUGGUCACCUUCUCGCAUAGAAACUCAUCUUAUUUCAGUGUUUUAGGUCACCUUCUCGCAUAGAAACUCAUCUUAUUUCAGUGUUAGGUAACCUCUCAUGUAGAACCUUCCUCUUACUAGGUACGCUAACAUUUAUUCCUCCAGGAUUGUUGACCCAAGAGAUCGAGGAUUUGCUACCAGCAUGUUCAUGUUUUUCUUCAGCUUCAGUGAGUACAAACAUUUAUGGUUGCCAUGGUUACUUGCAAACAUUAAAAAAAGCAUGUACACCUAUUUACUGCUGCCAUUACACAGCCAAACAAAAUGAAGUGUACAAAAUGUGCUGCUCGCGUACGCAAGUUUUCAUACAGAUUAAGGCAACAAUGUUGAAAGGGCACCAGACAGUGUUUCUCAAACAGUAAGCUACAGAGACCCAAACACGUGUUGCUGGGGAAAAAAAAAAAAAAAACUUAUUUUUUUUGCUCUUUUCAAACGGGCUGUCUGGCGCGUGAGUGUCAGGUUGUAGACCUGUACACAGGGGCAUCAGAAAGAAAGGCUCGUGGAAUGUGUGUGUUGUGACGACAGAGAACUUCAAUCUGUCAGUUAGAAUGCAAUACAAGUCAGGUUCUAAUAGGGACAUCAACAGUAGUGAUAAAUGCAAAUUCAGCCUCUGGCUUAACAUACAUCUGAAAUAACUUUUUGAAUUUUUUGUCGCUAGAUUUGUUCGUGAACUUUUGACAUGAGCGAACUUGGGAUGUUUUGUCAGUGAUGUUUUAUAAGUGAGGUUGAAUGAGUGAUGUUUUACAAGUGAUGUUUUAUAAGUGAGGUUGAAUGAGUGAUGUUUUACAGUGAUGUUUUAUAAGUGAGGUUGAAUGAGUGAUGUUUUACAAGUGAUGUUUUAUAAGUGAGGUUGAAUGAGUGAUGUUUUACAAGUGAUGUUUUAUAAGUGAGGUUGAAUGAGUGAUGUUUUACAAGUGAUGUUUUUUUUAAUAGUGAUGUUUAAUGUUAUCUAAAGACAAAGUUUACUUGUCUUUCGUUUAAAAUGUGUAAUGAGUUGUUGUUUCUUUUAUUUGAACUUCUAAUUAAAACGUCUCUGAUGGUAAACAAACAGAGAGUUUGGAUUAAAACACAGCAGGUUAAGAAAUAAGAUGGAGCUUAUCUGAUAAGAUGUUUUGACGAUUCAAUCUUUAAGGGAUUGUUGGGGUGACAUGUCAUGUCUGACCUAAACGCCAUGUCGUUGAUAUAGUGAAGAUGAAACUGGUACACAUGUCAUGUUAUGUCAUUGAUUGUAUUGAUGGAACUGAUCUAAAUGUCGCGUCAUGUCAUUGAUUGUUUAGAACUUAUGACAACACUGUCAUGUCAUGUCAUUGAUUUUUUAGAAUUUAUGACAACACUGUCAUGUAAUUGUCAUUGAUUGUUUAGAACUUACGACAGCAGUGUCAUGUCGUGUCAUUGAUUGUUUAGAACUUAUGACAACACUGUCAUGUUUCAGUGGCCAUACCCUCCCCCAAUCUGUUUGGUAAAGUCAUAGAUGACACCUGCCUGGUCUGGGAUGGAAGAUUCUGUGCCCUGUAUGAUCGGGACAAAAUCAGGUAAUUUUACAUUUAUACUAUCAGGGGCGUAGCUAGUGUUAGCGCCACCUAGUGCGGAAAAAAGCUUUUUGCCCCCACCCCCUUGCACCCACUUUCUACGCCACGCUUACUAUCUGGUCCAGUAAUUCUUUGUCCGACAAGUCUCCGACUCCUCUAUGGAACACUAGCGUUGGUUUACCUUCAAAGGUAUUUUACAAGCUUCUGAUAUAGAAGGAAUGUUUAGAUCGAUUCUUUUAAUGCUAUUCAUUUUGUGACACACGUUUGAGUCAUUUUGAGACUGUAGAAUGUGUCUCCACUAAUUGGAUUUGUUGUGUCUCAAAUUCAAAGAGUCUCACACGGUUGUCCUACCAGCCAUCACUGAUACGUCAAUCAGAAUUGCAAAACUUCACCAAUAUGACUUGGAGGAGUCUUUUAUCAGUGUGAGCAGUUGUUUUGUUUUUUUCAAUGUAAAACAUUUCACCAGAUGACGUGAGAUGAAUGGAUGUGGUGGAGCAUGAUAGGGCCCUACAUGGGCUGAAGUGCCAUUGAUGAUGAUGAGAUGAAUGGAUGUGGUGGAGCAUGCUAGGGUCCCACAUGGGCUGUAGUUCAAUUGAUGAUGAUGAGAUGAAUGGAUGUGGUGGAGCAUUUCAGGGCCCUUCAUGGGAUGUAGUUCAAUUGAUGAUGAUGACAUGAAUGGAUGUGGUGGAGCAUGCCAGGGCCUUGCAUGGGCUGUAAUGCCAUCGAUGAUGAUGAGAUGAAUGGAUGUGGUGGAGCAUGCUAGGGUCCCACAUGGGCUGUAGUUCAAUUGAUGAUGAUGAGAUGAAUAGAUGUGGUGGAGCAUUUCAGGGCCCUUCAUGGGAUGUAGUUCAAUUGAUGAUGAUGACAUGCAUGGAUGUGGUGGAGCAUGCCAGGGCCUUGCAUGGGCUGUAAUGCCAUCGAUGAUGAUGAGAUGAAUGGAUGUGGUGGAGUAUGUCAGGGCCUUAUAUGGGCUAAUGUGCCAUGAUGAUGACGAUGAGAUGAAUGGAUAUGGUGGAACAAGUCAGGCCCUACGUGGAUUGAGGUGCCAUUGAUAAUGAUUAGGUGACUUGAGACAUUAGAGAUACUUUCAAAGAAACACUUGUUAAUCAACACCAAUCGUUCCAUCAAGAUCUCCCGAUAGAUGACUUCGUAUGUUAAUAUAACAGCAUUGUUGUGCUUGUUACCAUGGUGAUAGUAAAACAGUUGUUUUAUGCUGGUUUUAAUGUCAAAUAGUUACAAAUCUUCUGUCAUUGUAACACAUUUCAAAUGUCAAAUAGUUACAAAUCUUCUGUCAUUGUAACACAUUUCAAAUGUCAAAUAGUUACAAACGUUCUGUCAUUGUAACACAUUUCAAAUGUCAAAUAGUUACCAUUCCUCUGUCAUUGUAACACAUUUCAAAUGUCAAAUAGUUACCAAUCCUCUGUCACGGUAUCACAAUUCAAAUGUCAAAUAGUUACAAAUCAUCUGUCAUUGUAACACAUUUCAAAUGUCAAAUAGUUAUAAAACCUCUGUCAUGGUAACACAUUUCAAAUAGCUACAAAUUCUUUGUCUUGGUAAACACAUUAUCUUGAGCAGGAUGAAAAUUGGUGUAAAAAAACAACAACAAAAAAAGCCAAGAUUCUGCCAUCCUCUCUUUAACAUUCAUCAUAAAUUGAGCUCUAUUUUCUGCGUUUAAAAACUGCCACUGUUGAGUUUUGUAUGUUUGGAGCAUGUAGACUUCACCUUAUUUUUCUAAAAUACUUUUUCUUUCUGCAUAUGUAUUGCAUGGUACAACCUUGGCCACGGUACGCCUACAGGUGGGUGGGGGAGACGCUGUGGUACGCCUACAGGUGGGUGGGGGAGACGCUGUGGUACGCCUACAGGUGGGUGGGGGAGCCGGUGUGGCACGCCUACAGGUGGGUGGGGGAGCCGCUGUGGUACGCCUACAGGUGGGUGGGCGAGCGGUUGUGCCUAUUUGUUAUCUCCUUUGGUUGUCUUUGAAGUUCCCAUGACUCAAAUCAAGGUUGUUAAGAACUUUCUCUUAGCGUCGUCAGACGACUUUUCAAGUGAGCUCUUUGUCUCAGCUUAUAUCGUGUACACACCUUUACCCGCUUCUUUUCGUUACCUGGUCAAGAUAUUGUUUUUGGUCUUUUCUUUUUAUUAUUGUUUAUCUUCAACUUUUAUUAUUAUUUUUUUUUUUGUAUUUCGUAUGAAACGCUCAUUUCCUGUUGUGUUAUUUCUUGAUCAAGAUUAAAGAACUGAGUUCGUUUCUCAAGAAAACAAAAGCCAUGAUUACACUUCCAAUGAAUCAUUGCAUCCAGCGUCAUUCAACUUGCAAAGCUGGGCUUGGUUGUGCUGUGUAAACAGAACGUUCUUGAAAUAAUGGGAAGUUCGAUUAUUUUAAUUUAAACACAAAUUUCAUAAGUCUUUCGGCUUAUUUGUAACUGAAAAACUUUAAUUUCGGCCAAAGCUUGGAAUGCACAUCCACUACACAUCCGCAAUAUACCGAACAUCACAGCCUUCAAAACUGCACUCAAAACACAUCUUUUUAAACGCUAUUAUCCCGACUGAUUCCCCCAUCUGGCCGAUAAACGAUGCUGCUCGGUAGCCGUCCAUGGCUUGACCUGUAAAUAGUUCUUGAAUGUGGGGAGUGAAUAUACAUUUGCUUUGUUUUAUUUAAGUAAUGUAUGUUAAUUUUUUAGAUCAAGAUUAUGUUUGUUAAAUGUUAUGUACAGAGUGGUGAGGCCAGCCCUAGGCUGGGGUACCGCGCUAUAUAAAACUAAUAAUACUAAAAUUAUAUAAGUACCUUGGUUUUAAAGAAUAAAUAAUUGAAUAAAUUCGACUGAAGACGAUAGGAAGAACAUCGUUAAAUACCUGAACUGUAAAGGUUGUUAGCUGAGUUGGACAUGUCAGGUUAUGGCAUCUACGCUAUUUAAGGCAUUAAUUUUUUGAAGGAAAGCAAUCACUUAUUCUGAAAUUGCAAGGCUGUAAACAAAGUUUUUUUCUUUUUUUUUCUGCUGCUAACAGACGUAAGACAGGAAUUUUUAUUUGAAAUAAUUGUGCUAUGUUUAUGUGCUAUGUUUAUGUGCUAUGUUUAUGUGCUAUGUUUAUGUGCUAUGUUUAUGUGCUAUGUUUAUGUGCUAUGUUUAUGUGCUAUGUUUAUGUGCUAUGUUUAUGUGCUAUGUUUAUGUGCUAUGUUUAUGUGCUAUGUUUAUGUGCUAUUAUGUGCUAUGUUUAUGUGCUAUGUUUAUGUGCUAUGUUUAUGUGCUAUGUUUAUGUGCUAUGUUUAUGUGCUAUGUUUAUGUGCUAUGUUUAUGUGCUAUGUUUAUGUGCUAUGUUUAUGUGCUAUGUUUUAUGUGCUAUGUUAAUGUGCUAUGCUUAUGUUCUAUGUUCAUGUGCGAUGUUCAUAUUCUACAUAUAUACUUGGCUCUAUUUCAGGUACUUUUUGUCCGGCCUUGAUGUCGGGGUCCAUGGCCUUGUCCAGAUCACCUUCUUCAUCAUGCUCAUCCUCUUCAAGUGGGAGGAGAGGAAGCUCAAGCGGAAGGAGGCCAAGGCGGCCACCGCUGGGGAUAAGGACAUAGAAAUGGAGGAUGUAGCGAGGGAUAGAGAAAUGACAGUGCUCUAGAGGGAGUAUGAAUUGAUAGAGUGACAUAUAUCGUGUAUGAAAAGAUAGUGCGUUAUAGUAGAACUACUAGGCGGAGUGAUAUUCGUGGUGAACUGGUGUAGCAAUCAAUAAGAGGGUUAUAAUAUACGGAUAUUUUGAUAAAGAGAGAUAUUAUUGAAUUAUACCGAAGUGUUACGUUGGUUUAGAGAGAACUCAUUGAAUUAUACUGUAGUUGUACACUGGAAAUGAUGGAGAAAUGAUUGAAUAAUACUGUAGCUGUACAUCGGAAAUAGGGAGAAAAAGAUUGAAUUAUACUGUAGUGCUAUAUUGGUAUAGUGAGAGAUGAUUAGAGUAUACUAUAGUGGCAGGGUGCUAGUAAAGAUAGAUACGAUUAUUUGGUGUGUUGGAUGUGGCGGUCCAACUUAAGCAAAGUAAGAACCGCUGCAUAAGCAGGUUCACUUAGAAAGAUCUUAGGGGUCGUUCGCAAAUUACGUCACGCUCGGG